CGCCGAUAACGCCAUAACGCCCCCAUGAGGUAGGGUUUGUGUUCUACGUCAUCAUCCUUAGUAACCCUCGGUAGCGUCUUGGAGAGCUAAGGAAACAAGAUGGGAUUGCUAUCCAUUUUGCGCAAACUGAAGAGCACACCUGACCAGGAGGUGCGAAUACUCCUUCUGGGACUGGACAACGGCGGCAAGACUACGCUGUUGAAACAGUUGGCAUCUGAAGAUAUCAGUCAUAUUACUCCAACCCAGGGAUUCAACAUAAAGAGUGUGCAGUCUCAAGGCUUCAAACUGAACGUAUGGGACAUUGGUGGUCAGAGGAAGAUCAGACCUUAUUGGAGAAACUACUUUGAAAAUACUGAUAUACUGAUUUAUGUUAUUGACAGUGCAGACAGGAAACGUUUUGAAGAAACUGGACAGGAACUGGCUGAGCUUCUGGAUGAGGAGAAGCUGAGUGGGGUGCCCGUUCUUAUCUUCGCCAACAAGCAAGACCUGCUGACGGCCGCUCCCGCCUCGGAGAUCGCCGAGGGCCUUAACCUGCACACCAUCCGGGACCGUGUGUGGCAAAUCCAAUCAUGCUCUGCCCUCACUGGAGAGGGUGUACAGGAUGGCAUGAACUGGGUGUGCAAAAGCGUCAACGCCAAGAAAAAGUAGCGCAGAUGCGCUCCCUCUGCGGCACGUCUCCAGCGAGAGGCCAGCGUGUACGGCUGAAUGUACAAACUAAAUACACUAAGAACUCAAGGAAUACUUAACCACUGUGGCCCAAUAUUAGGGAAGGCUGAUUCACACUACAUCCCUCUCUCUAACCCUCUGCCCCCCCCCCACCCCCAACAUGAGUUUCUCCUCAGCUCUUCCUAACAGGGCCUCAUCGGUUGGUGUCAUUUACAACACAAGUGAAACCCUUCAGUUUGAAUCCACUGUGUACUGCUCUGUGGCCACCAUAUCAAGCCUAUCAGCACAACUGUAUCAUGUUAGCCAUGUCCACUAGCAUUUUCCCCAAAAGUCCCCCAAGCCAGUUUUCAUACAGUGUCUUAAGAUAGAGGGGGUUGGGCUAGCAUCAUAUCCUUGUUUGCCCUUUAAGAUCUUAUUUAAACAAGAGAGGAAGAGAAUGACAUGAUGGCAGUAGACAGUGAUAGUCCUUACAAAGAAGGAGUCAGAAGAGGAUGAACUUAAUGUAGACCAUGGUCACUACAGUAUACACAGAUGUGACUGUACUGUCAACAUUGGGCCAUUAAGAAUAUUCUUUAACAAAGUAAAUUUUGAUAAAAGUUUUGUAAAAUUAUUUAAGUUUUGUGUUUCAAACAAAUGCUGUUCUUCUCUCAGUAUUUGAAUGUCAACACAGAACCAUCUUCCUCCAUUUGCUUUGCAAGCUUGUUUUGCAGUUUGCAGUAUAAGCAGUCUAUGUUGGGGGGAAGAAGUCUUGGUUGUGAAGGGUUUUUUCCAUUCGUUGGACUGUAAGGCACUAAGCCAUGCUCCAUGGCAAUGCUUGAUACAUGCUGGCCCAAACCUCUCUCCUGUCACCUCCAGAUGAGCUGGCCCAGUCCCCCUGAGUUCAGUGAGUGUGUGACCCCCCCCCCCCCCCCCCCUUCUCCUUAUGCCUCAUUCUCUGGAAAACCGACGGCAGAAGUCUUUUUAUUAUUGUGAGAUCGUGUCUGACUUUGUGCUCUCUGCAAGUAUAUUUUUGUAUCUUUUAUUUAUGGUGAUGUAGCGGUUAGGAGCUUGAACGUGACAGAGGUAUUUUUAGAUUGGUUUGGAGAAAUACAAUUUACUGUGCUUAAACACUUGUGAAAAGAUAAUAAAUAUUAAUUUCUAAAAAUGAA